AUGCUUAUCAACCAUUUUUUCAAGUCCAACGCGUGUUUCAGUUAUGAAACUCUGCGGGCCGCAGGGUACAGUAAUUAUGGUGGAGCAGACCUCGGAGAAGUGAUAGCAAUCAUCUCCAAAAUCCGAGCUGGAAACGAAGAUGACUGGCUGGCCGAGUGGAAAAGGGCAGCCGACCGAGCAUUUUCAAGCGCCGAGAAAUCAGCAUCGGUGAACAACACAGUCAGUGCCUACGAGGGAUAUUUGCGCGCCUCAAAUUACUAUAGAACCGCCGAGUUCUUCCGUCGCGAUAACUAUGACAACGAUGAAAUGGCACAGCUCGUGUAUGAGAGGUCGGAGACGGCAUUUGAUGAGGCGAUGAAGCUGUCUACAUAUGCCUACGAAUCGAUCAAGAUUCCCUACCAAGGGACAACACUCCCUGGAUAUUUCGUCAGCCCAACCGGUACAGGCAAUCCACGACGCACCAUUAUCUUUAAUGGUGGGUAUGACUCAACUGCGAGCGAAGCCUGGUUUGCGAUUGGAGCUGCAGCUCUAGCGAGAGGAUACAACUUUCUCGCCUUCGAUGGGCCCGGUCAAGGUGCAGCUGUACGACGACAGCACCUCUACUUCCGUCCCGACUGGGAGAACGUGCUAACUCCCGUGGUUGACUUCGCUUUAACUCGCAAAGACGUCGAUCCCAAUGCCAUAGCAAUUUUCGGCUGGAGCAUGGGCGGAUACCUGGUGGCACGAGGGGCCACGCAGGAACAUCGAGCACAAGCAAUUAUCCUGGAUGAUGGAGUGUACGACUUUGGAUCUGCAUUUCGAGCUAACCAGCCAUCUUUUGUCCAAACACUCGUUCGGAAAGAAUAUGAUGGAGUUUCCAAUUUCAUUUUCGGCUUUGCGCAGUCUUUAGAUACGGGUGUUCGCUGGGCCCUGCGGAACGGUAAAUGGACUUUCGGGGUGGCAUCGGAGGCGGAAUUGAUGCGCACAGUCAAUUUCUAUACACUAGAAGGCCUAGCUCAGAAGAUCGUGAGCCCGUGUCUGGUUCUCGACGCAGAAAAUGAUCACUUCCUAAAAGGUCAGCCGGAGUUGCUUUGCAACCACUUGAAAUGUGAGUACGAGCUUGUCAGUCUAGGAGCUGAUGAAGGCGGCGACACGCAUUGCCAUCAAGGCUCCUUCUUCAGGUUGCAUCAAGUUAUCUUCGACUUUCUGGAAAGGCGUCUAGCUUCAGUUGAACUGGCGUAG